AUGAAGUAUGGAAAAGUUGCAGUUUUCACCCGGCCAGGCGAUCCUAUCAGAGUUAUUGAGGAAGAAAUCCAGCCACCGGAGCGUGACGAGAUCCUGGUUCGCGUAAUGAUCGCAGGGAUUUGCGGCAGCGACGUCCACAGGUUGAAGGGCGAUGUUGCUACCAAGUCUAUGGGAGUUGCAUUCGGACAUGAAGCGGUCGGGAUUAUCGAAAGUCUCGGCGAACAAGUCAACGCCGAUAGUCUCGGUGUACCAUUGAACCAAGGAGACACUGUCUACUGGAUGCCAUUGACGCCCUGCGGCGAUUGCGUGGACUGUGGCUUGUCCAAUCCCUUACGAUGCAAGAAUGUUAACUGGCCACCUCCGGUUGGCAAGCCAAACGGGGCUUGCUUUAGACAAUACGCAACUCUGAGCUCUAAAUGCGUAUAUAUACGAGUGCCUCCAGCUGUUGUUCCUGAAGAUGUCAUUACUUUUGGCUGUGGAAUGCCGACGGCCUUGAGAGGUCUAAAGCAGAUAGGAGACAUUCCUCCAAAUACCGAUGUGGUUGUGCAGGGCUCAGGGCCUGUAGGUUUAGCAUGCACGUUACUGUUGAGCCUUGCUAGUGCCCGCUCAAUCAUCGUUAUUGGAGAUCCCGCACAUCGCCUUGAGGCGGCCACCUUGCUCGGAGCAACGCACACCGUAUCUCUCGCCAACACUACACCAGAAUCAAGAUUAAGACUAGUCAAUGAUCUCACACAAGGCCGUGGAGCGGGUAUAGUCGUGGAAGCGGCCGGAACAGCCGACGCGUUUCCCGAGGGCCUUGACCUGCUUGGGAUGGAUGGGAAAUAUUUGGUUCUUGGCUUAUAUUCUGGAAGUGGCAAGGUCUUGAUAGACCCUGUGCGCAUUAAUAAUUAUAAUCUUCACAUCAUCGGCAGCUUGGGCCUCGAUGUCGACAGUUACCAGAAAACAGUGGACAUUGCAUCGGAGCAUGGUAAGCGACUUCAAUUUUCGAAUUUGAUAACUCAUCGCUUCAGGUUAGACCAACUCCAGGAAGCUCUUAAUCUUGUCGGACUUGGAAUACCUAUUAAGGCCGUGGUGGUGCCAAAUUGA